GCUCUUUGUUUUGCUUGUAAGCGCGUAUACAGCUUACAACGUCUAUACUUGUGCAUCCAGGUAUAAUGCCAGAGUUGCGCACAACCACACAUCCGAACGACUCCUAAAGAGCCAUCCCUACACACUGGCGCUGCGCUUUCUACACGCUCCCGCACCUUUCUGCGCACCGCGCAAGUGCGUCGGUGUUUUGUUCAUUCGCUGCGGAGUCGCUGCUGCAGCCAUGUCAAGCAAGCGAAAGGCAGACUCGGAGCCCUCUCUCGACGACGUCGGCCCGUUAAGCAAGAAGCCAACUGUUACUGCUGUAGCAGCUCCCUCUUCAGCCGCUGCUGGGACACUGGUCAACCCAAAGCGCAUUCGUGUACUGAAGGCGGGAACCAUCGGCAAUGGGCCAGUUGUGCUCUGGAUGUCCCGGGAUCAGCGCAUGAACGACAACUGGGCCCUAUUAUACGCGAUUGAGGCAGCCCAGAAGGCAGCGGCGGCAGCCGGAGGCGAGGGAGGCGGCUCACCACAGGUCGCCGUGGCGUUUAACCUGGUGCCGGCCUUCCUGGGCGCCGGUGCGCGGCAGUUUGGGUUCAUGCUGCGGGGGCUGCGGGAGCUGCAGCCGCGGCUGGAGGCGCGGGGCAUCCCCUUCUUCCUGCUCAAGGGUGAUCCCGCCCAGACGCUGCCCUCCCUGGUGUCUCGGCUAGGCGCCGGGCUGCUGGUCACCGACUACUCGCCCCUCAGACUCGGGCGGCAGUGGAAGGAGCAGGUAUGCGCGGCUGUGUCGGUGCCGGUUCACGAGGUGGAUGCGCACAACGUGGUCCCGGUGUGGGUGGCGAGUGACAAGCGGGAGGUGGGGGCGCGCACACUGCGACCCAAGAUCCACAAGCACCUGCCCGAGUACCUGAGGGAUUUCCCGGAGGUCCCCACCCUGCCCACCUGGAGCCACCCGAUCAGGCCGGAGCCGGUGGACUGGGAGGCGCUGCUGGAGGAGGUGCUGACCCGUGGGUCGGAGGUGCCUGAGGUGGACUGGUGCAAGCCCGGCGAGGAGGCCGCCCUCGCCGCCCUGAACGGCCCCUCCGGCUUCCUCAGCCCCUCACGUCUCAGCCUGUAUGACACCAAACGCAACGACCCCUCCACGCCCAAGGCGCUGUCCGGCUUGUCGCCUUACCUGCACUUUGGGCAGCUGGCGCCGCAGCGGGCAGCGCUGGAGGCGGCCAAGCACCGGGCAAAGUACAAGGCGGCUGUGGAGUCCUACCUCGAGGAGCUGGUUGUACGGCGCGAGCUGUCGGACAACUUCUGCCACUACACGCCCGACUACGACCGCCUGAGCUGCGCGGCGGAGUGGGCGCGGGAGAGCCUAAACAAGCACCGGGGGGACAAGCGGGAGUUCCUGUACCGCCGGGAGCAGCUGGAGGCGGGUCGCACGCACGACGAGCUGUGGAACGCCUGCCAGCUGGAGAUGGUGCACCGGGGCAAGAUGCACGGCUUCAUGCGCAUGUACUGGGCCAAGAAGAUACUCGAGUGGACUGCUAGCCCGGAGGAGGCUAUCGAGAUUGCGAUCUACCUGAACGACCGAUACGAGCUGGAUGGGCGGGACCCCUCGGGCUACGUGGGGGUGAUGUGGAGCAUGGCGGGCAUCCAUGACAUGGGCUGGGCUGAGCGGCCCAUCUUUGGCAAGAUCCGCUACAUGAACUACGCGGGCUGCAAGCGCAAGUUCGACAUCAAGGCCUACUGCGCCUACGUGGACAGGCUGGUGGCGGAGGUAAGGGCCAAGCAGCGGGGGCUCAUGCAGAAGAAGACGAAGCCUGCUACUGCUGCUGGGGUUGCGGGAGCUGUGGCUGGAGGGGUUGCGGCGGCGGCUGGAGGAGCCGGGGCCGCAGCAACAGCUUUGACGGCAACGGCAGCAGCGGCGACGGCGGCAGCGGCGGUGGCUGUGAAGGUGAAAGCGGAGGUGAAGGAGGAGGAGGAGGAGGAGGCGGGGCCGUCACCAGGGACUACCGCCGGGGCUGCGAAGGGGGGUGCCGGGUCCAAGGCGGGUUCGCCGUCAAGGGCGGCAAAGGGCUCCUCUUCCUCUCCAAAGCCAUCGGAAGGCAGUGGCGGCAAGAGACGGAAGCCGGCGGCGGCUUGAGAGACACAAAGGGUGUGUGAAGGGACGUGUGAAGGUUUUGCAGGGCUGGGGGAUAGACUAGGCGUCGGAGUGGACUCUGAAAGGCAGAGAGCAGGUCUGUGUCAGCUCGGAGAGUUGCGGUGCAGGCCCAAUCAUGCGAAUGUUGCCCCUGCAAGCGUGGGUCGUUGUUGAGAUGGUUGUAAGCGGUAGGGCCUGUCAGUUGCUGGUCAAUGCGCCGCUACUGACGCCAGGCUUGUAGUGCAGCACUCGGGCGGGGUGCUUGGAGAGGAGGGCGCUGUGCGCUCAAAUUUGCGAACCCAACAUGUGUGUGAGGGGUAGUGAACCGUGCAAAUUGGAACUUACCGUAAGCGUCGGAAAUGGCGUGCUGGAGCACUGUCAAAGUAUAGGAUAUAAACUUGAGUGGAUGACGAGGGAGGGCUCAUUGUGUUUCGUUGGUUUUAUGGUGAUGAUCAAGAACGAUGGGAGGUGAAUGAAGGGCUGUCGGGAAAUGAUGAUAGCUUGCUGCCGCGUUUCUUACGGUCGGUUCGGGUAGCCAGCACCCGACGAGUCCUGCCGGUAUUCAUCCCAUAAUAUGGGGAGAUUCACGCGAGG